AUGGCCUUAAAGGCAUGCGUGCUUAAAGAACUUUUUACAGAUGGCAAACAAGUGGCAGGGUUUCUGGCUAUAUUUUACGUGGUACCACAACUUCUAACAGACAUUUUCUACACGGUGGCUGUUGUCCGACUAAGAUUGGAGUUGCGCCGCGUGUCAUCUUUGGAAUCUGAAUCAAACACAGUAUCUGGCACCAAUCCGAGGCCGACCAAUGCGUCAUCCGCUAGCGUUAAACGCCAAACCAGGACACAGCGGCAAGUUCAAGGUACUAUUGGACUUAUCAUGAUGCUUUUUAACCUGUUCACUGUACCGAUGGCGGUGGUCAUGAUUAUGGAGAAUUCAGGGGAAAGGGAACGGAACAUGAGAUAUAUUGUGAGCGUGUUGUUUGUUCUCAAUUCGGCCAUCAACCCUUUAGUGUAUGCCUUAAAGAUUGGAUGGCUGCGACAGUCUAUUCGAGAUGUGUUUGUUGAGUGUAUGAAAGUUUGCUGCCUAUGCUUCACUCAAUCAAGUGACAGUGGGAAUAACAGCAACAACGGACACUAA